CUGGCUCGCGCUACGGUAGCAUGUUUCGAUAAGGCAGUACAUGUCGUCAGAACACCGGAAGUGGCGUAUCGGCGCGGAUAUACCCGGAUAUAAACAAACGCGUGCAUGGCGUUGCUGUGUGGCAGUGGAGUUGUUCGUGCUGUGACUUUUCCCUGUAACGUUCAGUAACCGGUCAGGUGUUUAGUGUGUAACGAUGACGCCUCCAUGCUCAGAGUGUGGCUCGAAUAACGUCGUGGAGGAUGAACUGUAUAGCCAGACGCAGUGGGUGUGUCAGGACUGUGGGUCUGUCGUCGCAGAGGGGACCUUUACCACUACACUUAGUGAAGAACAAUACUCUACAGCCGUGCCCUAUUACAUCACUACAGAGGUGACCAAGAAGCCAUGUCCCAACAUGCUCAAAGGUCUGGGUCGCGUGCGCUCCCUGUGCCGCAUCCUCAGGCUAUCCAGAGACAUGGAGUCGGAGGUGACGAGCUUAUACGAGCGCGCCUAUCAGCACCCCCUCUUCCUGAAAGGGCAUCUAAUGAAGAAGGAGAUGUUGGGGGGCUCCUGCGUGCUAUCUGUUUGCAGGCAGAACAACUGGCCUGUCGCCAUAGGAACCAUCAGCAUGCUGUUAGACGCAGAUCCGGCAUCCAUGGGCACCGUUUAUAACGAGCUGAAUAAAGCCUUGAACAUCCAAAAUAAAACCCCAUGCAGCUUCACUGAGCUCCUGGAGAGCCACUGUCACGAGUAUAAGCUGGGCCCCAGUGAUGUGCCCGAUUUCUGUGUGGAGUCUGUAGACCGGUUGGUGCAGAGAAGUACUGCGUUGUUGGAGCUGGCUUCUGAUGUGUGGUUGGUGACUGGACGCCAACCGCUUCCCCUCAUCACCGCGUGUGUGUAUGUAGCCUGGCAGUCUCUCAAACCCAUGGCCCGUAUGAAGUACACACUGAAUAAGUUCUGUUCCAUAGCGAACUUGUCAAAGUCGAAGCAGUCGGGUGUGACGCGGCGGGACACAGCGGUGCGGCGUGUCGGUGAGCUCAGGGAGGCGCUCUGUAAGCUGGGCCGGGCCCUGCCCUGGCUCAGAGGAGGCACCGUAGAGCCGGGCUCCGUCUGCUCUCUGGUCGACGAUAUCCUCACUUACCGCAAAACUCUGAUGAUGCAGGCAAUGGAAAGCUCUGAGGUCGGAGCAGAUGCUGAGGAACAGAGCGCAGACCCUCCUCAAGAAGCGCACUGGAGCAAAAGGCAUCUCUUUCUGCCCCCUUCAGCACGGAAUGCAAAGCGUCCGAGACUGGACCCGCCCGAGCCGAACGUCACCGGAGACGAGAACAUUUCAGACACGGAGAUAGAAUCAUACAUCCGCUCACCGGAGGAGGUGAAGUGCUAUCUGGAGGUGCAGAAGAAACUGACCCAGGAAACUGAAGAAGUGAAGGAUUCGACUUAAUGAAGCCAACAGUUUUGGGUGUUGAGCACCUUGUUGAACAAUAUGCACUUUAAACUAGCUGUAAUAAAUUUUCCUUUCUUGUUUUGUCGUUCACACACAAGUUUUGUUUUUGUACUAAAGCCUUUCCUGCACACUUGUGCUUUUCUUUAUUCAAUAAAAAUUGGUCCACUGU